AUGAAUCUGAAGCACUUCUGUCUGGGCGAGGAUCUCAGCUGCCUGAGCCGUUACAACCAUGCCCAUUCCACAGACGAUGUGCCAUUUCUCAAAACUGAGCCCUUCAGCCCGAGCUUCACCCUGGACAGCCUGGCACAGUUCAGCCCGGGUGAGCUCUCUGACAGCAGCGGCGGAGGCAGCAGCCUGAUGUCUCGGCGGCACUCUUUGGAGCCCGACUCGCCCAGUCCUCUUUGUCCCCUGCCCGACUCCUGUGAUGACCGAAGGUACGGGGCUGAACAAAUCAGGCCUGUCUUGUCUGCUGCCCACCAUGUCCAAGAGAGAGUCUACUCAUCAGCCCUGAGCUCAGGAUCAAAGCGACUCUGCCUGGUCUGUGGAGACCUGGCAUCAGGCUACCAUUAUGGGGUGGCAUCAUGCGAAGCAUGCAAGGCGUUCUUUAAGAGGACUAUUCAAGGUAACAUUGAGUACAGCUGCCCAGUGGUGAAUGAAUGUGAAAUUACCAAACGAAGGAGGAAGUCAUGUCAAGCGUGUCGCUUCCGAAAGUGCCUGCAAGUUGGGAUGAUGAAAGAAGGAGUCCGAAUGGACCGAGUGAGAGGAGGUCGGCAAAAGUACAGAAGGCGGAUCGACGCUGGGUCUGCAUCAAUCCUGAGCACACCAUGUACACAACCUAAGACGUCAUCAGCCAAUAAAGUCAUUUCCCACUUGCUGGUGACGGAGCCCAGGCCAAUGUGUGCCACCCCUGAUGCCAACACUGCAGACAGCAGCAGCAUGCAGACCCUGAUGACCCUGUGUGACCUUCUCAAUCGGGAGCUACUCAUGGUGAUCAGCUGGGCAAAGCAAAUUCCAGGCUUCUCCAACCUCUCCAUUGCGGAUCAGAUGUCACUGCUUCAGAGUGGAUGGAUGGAGACUCUGGUGAUCAGUGUGGUGUCGCGUUCGUUGAGCUUCUCAGAAGAACUCUAUUUUGCUGAGAAUUGUAUCUUGGAUCAGAUGCAGUGCAGGAACGCAGGCCUUCUAGAUCUUCACACAGCUCUUCACCAGCUUGUUACCAAAUACCAAAAGAUGGGUCUCUCUCCGGAGGAGCUUGUGACACUCAAAGCCAUGGCUCUGGCCAAUGCAGAUUCCGGACAUAUUGAAAACAUGGAAGCAGUCCAACAGCUCCAGGACCAUCUCCAUGAAGCUCUACAAGACUAUGAAGCCCACCAGCAUCCCCAAGACCCUCACCGGACAGGCAAGCUGCUAAUGACCCUGCCAUUACUGAGGCAAUCUGCCAGCCGGGCCACACAGACUUUUUUGCGUCUGCAAACGGAGGGCAGGGUGCCCAUGCACAAACUUUUUCUGGAGAUGCUGGAGGUUAACAUGUGAAGGGCAAUCAG